AUGAUGAAAAUGAAAAAAAAAUGGAAACACGAAAACUCGAUACAUCUGCUCCUCCUUGACUGGCGAUUGGCAAACAAAAGACGUCAAAGAGGGUCAAUGGAUGGCGAAAAAGUAUCAGGAGAAUUGCCAAAAGGUUGGAGUUUACAAAUUCCCCCUGCAGAGCGCGUUAAUGUGCUGUUGCUAAUUGCUAUAUGGCUAUGGCAUUGGAUAUUGGUAAUAAUGUACUCUCGUAAAAUUGAUAUAUCAAGUGUGCUUCAAACACGGAGACCAGAUGAAUUGAAAGUUCCGUUAGCACAUUCGCAACUGAUUAGAUUCUCAAGAGCUUUUGGAAUCAAGCUUUCCAAAAUGAUUGUGCCGCUUAUAAUAAUUAGUGUUGCAUUUCAAUCAUUCGACAAGGAGACGAGUAGUUUCAUUUAUUCAGCAAUAUCUUUUCUUCCACUACUACAAUUUGUCGUAAUUCUUGGUUUUAUUUGGAAAGAUUCUGUCAUCAUCAGGUAUUGUACCGAGAGACUUCUUCUUAUUGAACCCACGCCUCGAGUGUUAAGAAAUAUGUAUAUUCUAUUAUCUGACACAUUAACUUCAUUUGGUAAGCCAUUGGUUGAUUUCUCACUAUACCUAACAGCACUCUGUCUUCCUCAGGAUAGCAUUUGGACACAUUUUGAUUUGCUGAUUUCAUUACUCCCAUUAAUAGUAAGAGUAACCCAAUGUAUACGAGAGUUUUACUUGACAAAGGAUAGGUCACUGAUAUUCAAUACAAUAAAGUACUGUUCAAGUAUACCAAUAAUCACAUAUGUGUGGUACAGCAGGGUACAACCCGAAAAAUAUGAUUACAUGAAACAUGGAUGGUUCUUAUGCCUCAAUUCCUGUUACACAUUUUUCUGGGAUAUUAAAAUGGAUUGGAAAUUUCAAUCAUUUUUCAAGAUAAGAGCAAUCAAUAAAAAACAUGAAACUAUGAUGUUUCCAAGAUACUUCUACUAUAUGGGUACAUUAUUCAAUUUACUAGUUAAAUUCUGGUGGAUCUGGACCAUAAAUGGUCAAAGGCAUGAAAUUUUCUUUGCUAAUGAGCAGCAAUAUUUCGAAAUCUUAAGAAGAUCAAUAUGGAUAAUUUUCAAAUUAGAAUCUGAGUUUAUCAUAAUCACAAAGAACAAUGAUGAGAAGUAA